AUGUCCUCACGGUUCGAGCCUACACUCCUCAUGCCACUGUCUGAUAUUGGCAACGAGUGCUGGAAUGAGCGGUCAGAUAUUCGGACGGAUGUUCUAGGUCGCUUCGAAGCAGUCAUUAAAGAAAAAACUGGCAGAGACACAGUCCCCCCUGGGUUCUGGGCAUUCUGCCAGGUUGCCGACGUGUCCAAACUAGAAAGACUCAUCGCUCUGGUAGAGCCGAUUCAAGAUCGUGCAUUAUCGGAACUUGUUCUAGAGCCAACAAUUAAAGAUUGCGAUAUGGUAAUUGCUCGAUGGCUCCAAAACAUAAGUGCUAGCAAGAGUUCAGCCUCCAGUACAAACAAUUCGCAGCGCUCCAAUACAGCAAUCAGUAAUUGUAAGAAGCGAGACAAUCACAAGUGUGUUCUAACUGGGCAAGCAGAGCCAGAUGCUGCUCAUAUAUACCCAUACUGCCUUAUCAAAGCCUCUGCUCGUGAACCAACAGCAGUGGGAAGAUUCUGGGACAUCAUGAAGGUAUUUUGGGAGGACAGUCGUGUUGAGCAAUGGCAAAAAGAGAUAUUUGGUGAUGAACUGGACUUACAGAACCCUCGGGAUACGUGCUUCAAUAUGUUAAGUCUCAGCAAACACCCACAUGCAAUGUGGGGAGCUGGCCGCUUUGCUCUUCGCCCAAUGGAGAAAACUGAUUCUAAGACACUGAAAGUUCAAUUUUACUGGCAAAGAAAGUCAUCGGAUGGGGCAACCGAAAUUAAACUCCUAACAGAGCCCAAGUCUACUCGUGGGCUGUAUGGUGACCAGGGGUAUCCCUUUUCAAUUCCGACUGGCACAUAUAAGGAUAAUGGGGAGCCAGAGUAUAAAGCUGUUGUUUCUGGUGACACUUUCACUCUAACUACCCCUGAUCCCGAUCGAUUGCCACUGCCAAGUUGGCCACUUCUCGAAAUGCAAUGGCAUCUCCAGCGGAUUGUAGCCAUGAGUGGCGCCGCCGAAGCGCAAGACUACCCGGAUCCUGAUGAUGACUUCAAUCCAAAAGAUACGAUAAACCGCGACACUGCCGUACGCCGUGUUGAAGACAUUCUCGUAUGGUUGCGGACUUCCACUGAUAAUGACGAAUCGCCGCCGGAAUUAGCAUUCCAGCAAUCGCAAAUUCAGGCUCAUCACAUCAAGAGACCCUUAGGAUCUGAGGUAAUAAUGCGAGGCUGA